AUGGGACGCGCGGGGCUGGUGCUGCUGCUGCUGCUGCUCGCCGCGCUCGGCGCCUUGGCCCGGGGCCGCGAGGGGUCGGGGGGGCCGCCGCUGCUGCAGGAACGUUGCCUCUUGCCCAAGGUGGUGGGCAGAUGCCGGGCCUCCUUCCCGCGCUGGUGGUACAACGCCACGAGCCGGACGUGCCAGCGUUUCACCUAUGGCGGCUGUGGGGCCAAUCUCAAUAACUUCUUGGUAGAGGACGAGUGCCGGGUGACGUGCGCCGUGGCCACAGAUGGGGAGAACUCGAAUGAGAUUCCGCAGGCCAGCCAGAGUGUAGUGCAGAGCGCAGAUGAGCCCUGUACUGCGCCCCGCCUGACCGGCCCCUGCCGCGCUGCCUUCCCUCGCUGGUACUACGACCCGGCCGCCAGGGCCUGCAAGCAGUUCACCUAUGGGGGCUGCAAGGGCAACAAGAACAACUACCUGCGGGAGGAGCUGUGUCUGCGCCAGUGCAGCGGGGCCACAGGGAGUGCUGAGGGGCCCGAGCCGGGCGUUCACUCCAGCAGAGUGGUGGCCCUGGCCGUGCUGCUGGCCAUCCUCGUUGCUGUCCUGCUGGGCUCUGUGGUUGUCUUCUUCGUCUGGCUGUGCAGGAGGAGCCAGGAGCUGUCCCUGAGCGUGCCCUGGAGCCCGCUGGACGACAAGGAGUAUCUGAUGAGCAACACCUACACGCUGUGAGGCCGGGCGGCCGGCCUGUGGGCUGCCCCUGCUCCACUGGGCCUCGCCCGUGUGCACAGCAGAGUGACUGGAGCCGGCUGUGUAGGAAUAUCCCUGGGUCAUAAACUCCCUGCACCAGCAACUGCUGUGUUUGUGGCCCAGCCACACAGGCGGGGCCUUCGCUGCACCCAGGCCUCUUUCUCGGGGGCUUGCUUCCAUUUUUUUAAACUUUUUUUUACCAGAAUAAUUAGUGUGAAACCUGCUAGUGGCAGCCGCCUGGGGUCUCAGACACCUGCCCACCCCAGCUGCAGCCAGCAGGGCCUUGCUGAGGCUCAGGGGCAUCUGGUGCUGUUCCUCUGCUUAACAAGCCUUUAUAAUCGGGGGGUGGGAGGAGAUUUAAAUAGCCAGAUCCCCAGGAGUGCCGGCCGCAUGCUGCCUGUGCCUGCCUGCGGGGCCCCCUUCCCUAGAGCGCAGAGCGGCUGCUGGGGGUCCUGCCCUGUGGGGCUGCUCGGGGACUUGGUAGCAGGAUGUCCCCGGUAGGCGGUGUCAGGUAUAAAUGCCUGUGAUGGGGGGGAGGGGGGAGCUGUUAGCCCCACAGGCAGUGGGUCUGGAAUUCUGUGAGCAGCCUGCCCUGCCCCCAACUGCUCUGCCUGGGGGACCCCAAGGCACCUAGAGGGUAGCAGUGGCUCCUGCCCCCCACUGCGCAUGGAUAUGGUGCCAUGCUGGCUGUAACUUCCUGGCACCUGGGGAUUGCAGUGGCAGCACCGUGGCUGCAGCUAGGGUGAGUGACCUAAACCCUGGCCCCGUAACCUGGCGUAAUGCCCUGGGGACAGGGAGCUCCUGUGCUGGAGGGGUCCAGUGCUGCCUGGGCCCUGGCUUCCUUGGGGGUAUAUUUCCCCCUUUCCCCCCCCAUUCCUACCACGUGUCUGAGCUGCCCCAUCCCUGCAGAGCAGUGCUCCUGGCCCAGGCCAGGGAUCCCAGUCACGCUGCCCCAUCCCUGCAGAGCGGUGCUCCUGGCCCAGGCCGGGGAUCCCAGCGAUGCUGCCCCUGUGGAGCGGUUCUCCCA